AUGCCCAGCUACGUCACCGUCGUCUACCCACAGGGGGCCAAGUUCAACAAAGACUACUACAAGUCUACACACAUGCCAUUGGUCGAAGCAAAGUGGAAGCAAUAUGGUCUGAAGUCGUGGAAGGUGCUCUACCUCCCCGACGACGCGCCUUACACCGUGGAGGCAAUCUUGGAGUUCGACAACAUUGGCGAGUUCCAGACAGCUGCCAGCAGCCCAGAGGCCAAGGAGGUCUUGGGAGAUAUUGAGAACUUUUCCGAUAAGCAGCCUGUCAUUAUCGCUGGAGAUGUUGCCUACUCUGGUUGA